AUGAGACUUUCAUUGAUAACCGUACGGUUCAUUUUUGGAAUUUUGUGGCUUGUGGCUUGCAAUGCGGUGGAAAUUAUAGCAGUUUCGCCUGAUGAUUUAGAAGUCAGCACUGAAUUGUGAAAUGAUUCUGAUUUUAUGACUCUAUCUGAAAGUUUCCAAUUUUUAGUUGAUUUUCACAUUUGCAACUACUCCAGUGUUGAUUUUUGUGCACAAAAAUACCCAAGUUCAUUAAUUUUGUUGGAUUUUUCAACAGACUUUUAUAUUCAAUACUCGCUUUCAAGAUUUUGUCAUGGUCACCAGUUAUAAUCAAAAAAUGGCGUCAUUCGAAUUUUCUGGUCUCCCGACCGAAAAUUCUCUUCCUAAUUUUUUGAUUAUGAGGAUUGGCUUUCCCCAGCGAAUUUAUCCCGGCGAUGACGGGGCUUCAAGUGCCUGUGGUGCGCGACGCAGGACUCCUGUCCCUUAGGGAAAUCGAAUUUUCUGGAAGGAUGCCACCAACCCCAGGCGGUGGAGACUGGGACCUUUAGGGUGUCUGAUGGACCCAAAUUGGUUUUACCCGUGAGCCGGAAGGACGGCCGUCGAAAUCCGAACGUCGAAGCCGAUGGGAUCAUUCAGCCUUGAAGCCAGGUGGUGCACGACAUUAUGGUGGAGCGGGGAACCCAGAAGCAGGACGGAUACUCAUGCAGGGAAUGUGGUAUUGGACGUUAAGCGUGUAUUAAUAUUAAGUAAGUAAGUCAUGAUCACCAGUUAAUUCAUCUGGUUUACCAAAGCAGCUUCAAAUAUUCAGAUAAUUUUACUUACUCAACAAUUUCCUCCUUAUCAGACCAAAUGAAGGCGUUUUUAUCAUUAAUGGACCACUUUAACUGAACUCAAGGUGUCGUUUUUAACAAUAAGGAAAAUUAUCAAAUAAAAGAAUUUUUUUUUAAUUUUUCUUCCUCGUUCUCAAUUCUUACAAUAGAAUCCUACGAAGAUAUCGAAAACCUUGUAAAUCAAACUGUUACUCAAUUAGGCGCAACUCUUUACUAUAUUUUAGUUAGCCCUAUAGAAUCGAUAAAAUUGCAAAAUGCGUUAAAAAAGCAAAAAUUGUUAUACUAUUUCAAAAUAAAUUAAUUUUCGUAAAAAAUAUUUUGGCUUCAUUUGCAAAAAAGAUAAGAAAACAUAAGCAAUAAAGGAUAAUCUCAUAUCCUAAAAAAGAAUAAUAAGCGAUAAUGGAAUUCUACUUAACCAAGAUAGUGCUUAUGGAUGCAGCAUUGAUGGAUCAUUAAUUACAACUGAAUCCGGAAUGGAAUUUGUAUCUUCUUCUGCUGAACAUUACUAUCAGUCUAUAAAAAAUCUUCUAAACCUCAUCCUUCAAAACCCAAUAGAAACUUUUUCAGAUCUCCUAUAUUUUUUGGAAUCAGAGUUUCCAAAUCAUUAUAAUAAAGCCAAAUAUUCUAUUGUAAAUAUUCAGAAUGGAAAAAGGGUUGUUAUUGGGUCUAUUGUAGAUCGAAAAAUUAAUUUUUUUGGAAACUUAACUUUUCUUGGCAGCACUAGUACUCUGCCAGAAUCAAAGAAAAAGGUUCUGGAGCUGAGCAUAACUGCUGGAACGACCAAUCCUGGCGCCGUUCCAAGCACAACAACAAAGCUAGCUGCAAUGGGCGCUUUUAUAGCUCAAGAUGAAAUCAAUGCAGGAAACGCUAUUUUACCUAAUUUUCAAAUAACAAUGUUUAAUUUUGACUGCGGAGUGUCUCUAUUUAACUCUGAAUUUGCGACAGCUUGCUAUAAACAUGAUAUUGGCAAAAUCGGGCUUUCCCAUCUGACUGCUUUUGGUUCUAAUGUAGCUAUAGGGCAAUAUCAGGUCUUUAAAAAUUUGAGUAUAACUGUCCCCAGUAUAGGAAGUACCAAUGGUGAUGGCAGCCUAGCGUCUUCUGCUAAUUACCCAUUAUAUGUAAGACUGUAUACCUCACUGAUCUAUAGCAAGUGGUCAAUAUUACUAAAUGCUUUAGGCUGGAAAAAAAUCGUUGCUCUCUAUGAAUAUGAUACAUGAGGAAUCGGUGUCUAUCAAGCUUUAAAUUCUUCAAUGCAGAGCGUUGGGAUCGAUAUAAUAAACUCUGAAAACUCAAGACAUAUCCCAGGGAAUCUAGAUAGAAAUGGAGUAAAAAAUUAUACAAGUGUUUUACAGACAAUUAUUGACACCCAAGUAAGGCUGAUUGUACUUAUGAUACAAUGUCCAAUGUGCAAUUAUGUUAUUGAGGCAUUUUAUGAUAUGGGAUUGAGGAGAGGAGAUAUAGUGAUUUUAGCGGGAUCUCAAGAUAUAUUAGCUUCAAUUGCCACAAAUGAUACCUAUUUAUAUAAGAGAGUGGAGCUUGCAAUGUCUAUGACAAGACUUAGCGUGCCUUAUUGAGUAGGAACAAUAGGAGAAAAGGCUAAGAAUGAUAUUUCAGUAAAAUAUAGCGUGGCGACUCCGAAUUCAUUUGGGUGCUAUUAUUAUGAUUCUUUUUACCUUAUUGCGCAUGCCAUGGAUUUUAUGAUAAACAGAGGGUAUGAUUAUACAGAUCCUUAUCAGUUAAUGUUGACUAUCAGAAAUACCAAAUUUACAGGCUGCUCUGGACUUAUCAGCAUUGGCAAAGGCACAAAUGAUAGGAAUUUUGAGUAUUUUUAUAUUGAGCAGACCAAAGUAGAUGGCCAAGGAAUACCAUAUAUACAUCUAGUAGGGAAACUAUGGCCAUUUGGCACUCAGCUGAUUUCUUAUGUAGAUACUUUUCUAUAUCCUGACGAAACUCCUAUAAAGCCAACAGACCUCAGAAAUGCUAAUGAGAAAUGCCCAUUUCCUAGUAAAGACGUAAAAACCUUUGUAAAAGGACGUAUGCUAGUAUUUGGGAUUUGCUUUACUGUUGGGCUUGUUACAGUCAUUAUAACAUUUUUCAUAUGGAAAAAAUGGUGAAAUAUUCCUAUUGAAGAGCUUCGGGAUAAACAAGAAAUUUCAUUUCAGGAUUUUAUUGUCGGGGUAACUAUAGCUAUUGAAUUCGUCCAGUUUUGUAAUAUGGGGCCUGAUUUUUCUAUUGUGGAACCAUUUUUGUUUAGUGUUAGUGAUCUAUUUUCUAUGAACCUCGAGUCUGUAUUAAAGCUAAAAAAUGGAGUAUUUUGGAUAAUUGUGGAUGUGGUUUAUGGAGGAAUUGCUUUAUGAGUUAUUCUAUGCUUAGUAGUGCUUUAUGAACUUGAUGAAAAAUGGAAGUUUCUAUGGAUAUUUAGGUUGCUAGGCUGGCUUGGAGAUAUACUUAUGCCAAUUUUAGGAAAUCUGUGCUUUAUUCCUUUUGUUUCAAUUUGUUUAGAUGUAUUUCUAUGUGAUCAGUCUAUUGGAGAUAAUUUUACAGAUAGUUUUCUUAGUGUAGAUUGCUAUUACUUUUGCUGGAAGGAUACACACUUGAUUUAUGCGAUUUUUUCAUUUUUUGCUUUAUUAGCAUAUGAGCCUUUUGCUGUUUUUUGUAGGCCUCUUUGGCAAGAAUUUCAGCCAAUUUUACAUGUAAAAACACUUCCGUUGUAUUUGAUGGUAAAAACUAUAGUUCAAAUAAUUAUUAUUGUUCUUAAUAUACCCAUAAUUAAAUAUGGUAUCUUAACGCUUUGCAGUCGUCUACACCGACUUCUUUUGAGCACAUAUUUAAUUAUAUCCGGAAAGGUUUUGCCAUAGCCCAAGGGUGGAUUUUAUCUCAAGGGAAAGGUUGGCAUGAAAGUUGGAAAGAGGGUGCCUUGCAAUUUCUCUAGGCAAUGCCUGGACCAAUGAAGCACUUCACCAGUGAGCGCUUCUGGCUACUUGUUUUCCCUUUUUAUAUAGAGUCGACGCCACACAUCAGCCUCAAGCAAGGCAUAAAUCCCCGAAGACUUCCAACUAAAUACUGGAGCCGAAAGGCAAGGACGAGAGACUGCUGUCCCUGGUGGAAGACUCGGUCGCAAAGCAGUGAAUCUCCUUUAUGGAGAUCUUCAGUGACUGCGUAAAAAAUUAGGGCGAGAGCCUUUGUAAGAUUAAGAUUCAUAUUAAGUUCUUACUACUCCUAAGUAAUAGGAUUCUUGCUUGUUCGUGAGGGGUUUUAGAACAAAAUUUCAAAUAGUAAAUUUUAUAUGAAUAGAUCGAAGUUUGUUUAUUAUUGAUAAUUAAGAAUUAGAAUUAAUUUAAGGUUGUCACCAUCAGGGGUCAAUUUCCUUCUAUUUUUUAACAAUAUUUCCUAUAAAAUUGUGGGCUUUUUCAUUAAUAAGUAUGACGCAGUUUCGGUAUUUUCUUAACAAAAUUUCUUCAAAUUUUCAAUAGCUAACUCCCCCCCCCCCCCUCCGUGAGCGAACAAAAAAAUUUUGUUCGCUCACGGAGGGGGGUUAAUUUUUUUUUUUUUAAAAAAAAUUUAUAUAAAAAAUAUUUUUUUUCGAAAUUUAAAAAAAUCCUAAUUUGCAAAAAUUGGGAAGCAAAUAUUAAUUUAAUUUGCAAAAUUUAUAUUUUAAAACGCAAUUUGUUUAAAAUUAAACAGAAUUAGCUCUAGAUUUCAUUAUACUAAUUAUCACUUAUAUAUCAAAAUUUUUUUCCAUUAAAAUUUUUUCUAUUAAAAAAAUUUUUGUUCACUCACGGAGGGUGGGUUUUUGGUCAAAAAAUGGCGAUUUUUCUAAUGGUUUUGUUCGCUCACGGAGGGGGGGGGGAGGAGUAAGCAAAAAUUUACUUAUUAUUUGGUUGGGAGUUAGUAAAACUCUGCAAAGGGCCCAAAGUGUGGCUCAUGGAGUUGUAUAUGUAAUUUUGAUGGCUGGCUAUGCUAUUUUUAUUUUUAAAAUGAAGCCGUAUAACUAUGCAAGAUUUAGCUGAUGGCAAGGGUUGAGCAUUACAGGAGUUGUUUGACUGAGUUUUUUAUCUGCUAUUGGUUUGGGGGUUGGAAUUCAAGGGCUUUCAAUUCCUCUGCUAUGUAGUUGAUUAAUGGGAUGAAUAAUUUUAGUAUUUUUGGGACUUUAUAUACAAUUUAAAAAAUUCCCAAGCAUGCUAAUCACUAAAAGUACAAGGGAUACAAGCACACUAUUUAGAUUUGCAUUUACCUUUGGAAAUAAAUCAAAAAGUUCAUUACACUCUAUUAAUAAAGGCAGUUCACAGCAUAAAACAAUGCCAAUAGGUUAG